UACGUCGCUAGCUUUCUCUAGCCGACCACGUGACCAAACAGGAAACUUCAAAUUUUAUGCAGGUUUCUAUGGUGAUUUUUGGCGUCCCGUUUCCACCGGUUUCUUGAAUAAGCAGCGAUUUUUCUCUCUGUUUGGCUUACGUGUGCAUAAAACACAUCCCUAUCUAUUCUACUGUCUGGACAGAACGUAGUCAUUGCUUCAUUCCAAAGCAGAAAUCUUUCGUGCGUCGGAGCGGAGUUCCAAAGCUGCCCCCCUCCCCACCCGAACAAGUGUUACUACAUGUAAUUGAGUGAACAGGAAGAAAGACACAGCUACUUGUAGAUAAAGUACCGAAGAAAUGGCUUCGGGAGUCCGAGCCCGGACCCCCGGCACCAUGACAGUUCUGGAUCCCGGUAGGUCAGCGUCACCAGACUCGGCAAGACCCCCUUCAUCUGGCAGGAGAUCCAUCACAAAGAGUUUUAGUCUAGAGAUGAGGAGAAACAGUCUGGAGGUCCUGAAGUCAUCAGGCAGAGAGGAGGGGGAGAGGAGAACCAACAGUGCUGGAUCAUCAGGGAGACGAUCUGCGCUUGAAGUGUUGGACAGUCCAGGUGAGACCAGUCCAGGUGAGACCAGACCAGGUGAACCCAGACAAGGUAGCGGCGGCAGGAGACCGUACACACCUAACAAACAGGUGUCCUUACAGGUGGCCAGGAAGAACCCAGAAAUCAAUGGUGUUCUGCUACCCACUCCAAAGAGAGAAUCUUCUCCAACACUGCCCAACAGAACACAAGAGACAGUCCAUCCUGUACAUACAGAUACUUGUGCCUCUGGUGGGAUAGAAGGAGAGAUUGAUCCAAUGGAUGGAGAGGAGGAAGAAAUGAGGCAGAGGGUGGAGAGGUUGGAGUUGGAAGAAGGGAGGAGGAGAGAAUGCAGAGAUACAUCUCAAGGAAAAUCAAAUAGAGAUGUCCCUAUACAGCAGAGUGCAGAUCCUUCCCAGAAUGCCCCAGGUGAGACAGGAGUUCCCCAGGCUCCGCCCACUGGACCAGAGGAGGAGGAGGAAGAAGAGGGGAGUGAUGACAGUGAUGAUGAUGAUGAUGACGAUGAUGAUGAUGAAAGUGAUGAGGAAAUCAAGGCACCAUUCGAGCUGUUAGGAGAGUUCCUGGAGUCAGUCAUGAAGGAAGAGUAUGAAACAGCACAGAAAUUAUGCCAGAUGAUUCUCAUCUAUGAACCAGAAAACCCAGAAGCUCUUCAGUUCAAACCCUUGAUAGAGGAAAGACUGCAACAAGAGGCUGAAGCUGAAGAGGAGAGCAGCAGUAGUGAAGGAUCGACUGAUGAUGAUGAAGAUGAUGACGAUGAUGAUGAAGAUGACAGUACAUCAGAGACAUCAUCAUCGUCAGAAGAAGAAGAGGAUGAAGAUGAAAAUAAAAAUGCAGAGAAGAGCAACGAAUCUGGUACAGAAAAGAAAGUAGACAACAGCCAGGCCACAGCAUCAACCAGCAAAUAUCCCCCUACAUUUCUCACCAAUUAGUAUAAAUAUACAUGUAGAAAGCCACUGUAACAGUUGUAAUUCUAUUGUUCAAGUUGUACAGAUGUACAUUUGAAAAUGUGUCAAGUUCCAAGCACUACAUUGUAUUUUGCAGUGUCGUCUGUUACACGUUUGAAGUGUACAAAAAUCCAGUUAAAUGAGUUCUUGUGGUGUACAGUCAUUGUUUUGUCUAUGCUCUGAAAUAAAUGCGUGUACAACAUUGAAA